AUGACUUAUAAUUUGUUAAAAGUUACACUUGAUCGCUCUGCCGAAAUUUCACUCCAAUGUUAUGAAACUUUUCGAUAUGAUCCGAGUGGUGAAGGUCCGAAUGGUUAUCAGAAGUUAUUAGCCAAAUGGAAUCAUCCAUUAGAUAGGCAACAGCUUGCGGUAUUUAAAGCUCUUCAUGCUUGGAGAGAUAAUAAAGCCAGAGAGGAAGAUGAAAGUUUAGCGUAUGUAGUUCAUCAUUUGUGUGUUAAACCUAAAAACAUAAAAUGGGUUUUGGAUAAAUCUCAUCCAAAAUAUAAUGUUGAUGAUUAUAAAGAAAAAAAGUCGGUAUUAUUUGGUGACUUUUAUAUUGAGAAUGAAAUGAACGAAACAUCGAAAAAGAAAGUUUCGGAAAUUCUCUCGAAUUUUACUUUUGCACUUCCCAUACUUCCUAAGUCAAUUUCAUACAAUUCUAAUCGAGACAAUCAAAAAUCUAAACCAAUCGAUGAAAACUCUCAACCAAUUAUAUUCCCUGUGGAACACAUUUACGUUCCAUCCGAGGCGAGAAGUACGAAAUCAAAAGGAAAAGAACGGGAAGUAGUUGUUUUAUCGCAGUCAAUAUCAAAGAAGCGCCAAAGGCGUGAGGAUGACGUAGAAGAUGUAACAAUCAUUGAGAAAAAUGAAAAAACUUUCGUUACAGAGACUGUUACUCCUGUGAAAGCUGAGUCAUCAAAAAGUACAAAUAUGGAUACGUCAACUAGUGAUACGCCGUUAACUAAAGCUGAAAGAAGGGCCCGAAAGAAAAUGAAAGCUAUUGAUUUCACGGAUCACACACGAUUGCCUUCGCUGGUAUCUGAAAUGUCUACUAAUACAUCACGCCUCGAUUUUGAGGUAACUAGGUCAACCUUAACUUCUACAGAAUUUCAACAAAAUGGGGAAGAAGAUAAAUAUAAGAAAUGUUUUAUCAUGUAA